UGCCCGUCCAUCUUCGCGUAACUGAAAUAACAAUUUUUCCCUUUGGACUUGGGAUCAUCUUUACACUUUCACCAAAAAAAGCUGAAAGGAAGACAUAAGAAUAAAAUAAAAAAUGACCCAUUUUUCUAGUGACUGAUCUUUUCGUCAUUUUGUUAUCAUUUUCUGCGUUGUUGUUCUUUGCUUUUUUCUGGGUCAUCUUCAUUUUGUACUCCUUUUAAUGAUACAGAAGAAGAAGAAAAAGAAAAAGAAGUCAUUGUUUUGGCCGUACAAUGGCGUGCAUGAUGAAGCUGGGAUCUAAGUCUGAAGUUUUUAACCUCGAUGGCCAAACAUGGAGUUGCUCAACCGGACUUCUUAGUGAUGUGACUGUUGAAGUUGGACAAAUUUCCUUUCAUCUUCACAAGUUUCCAUUGUUAUCCAGAAGUGGCUUUUUAGAAAACCUUAUUGGAGAAUCUUCUGGGAAAGAUGAGAAUAAAUGUACAACUUUGCAACUACAUGACUUGCCUGGUGGAGCCAAAGUCUUCUUGUUAAUAGCCAAGUUCUGUUAUGGUGUGAAAGUAGAACUCAAUGCAUCAAACAUUGUUAGCAUUAGAUGUGCAGCGGAAUAUCUUCAAAUGACUGAGGAUUAUGGAGAGGGAAACCUCAUUUUACAAACAGAGAACUUUCUGAAUGAGAUCUUUGGCCAUUGGACAGACUCACUUAAAGUGCUUGAAACCUGUGAAGAGGUUUUGUCUUAUGCAGAAGAGCUUCAUAUUGUGUCGAGAUGCAUCAACUCGUUGGCUAUGAAAGCUUGCGCGAAUCCAGGUUUGUUUAGUUGCCCAGUCUCAGGAGGUCGCAGUGCUGUGCAAAGCCCAGAAAGUGGUGUGUUUUGGAAUGGAAUAUGUACUACAGCCAAACAACAUCCAGUUGGAGAAGAUUGGUGGUAUGAAGAUGUGUCCUUCCUCAAGUUACCUCUGUAUAAACGUUUAAUUCUUGCUGUUGAAUCAAGAGGCAUGAAACCUGAGAGGAUUGCCGGGUCCAUAAUUCAGUACACAAAUAAGAAUCUUUGCUUGUUAGGUAGGAAAACAAGCUUCCGAAAUGGGAACCAUGUAGCCUCCGUAUCAACCAUUUCUUCUCAACCUGAUGCAGAUCAGAGGAAUCUCCUUGAAGAGAUAGUGAGAUUACUACCUUAUCAAAAGGGUGUGACACCAACCAAUUUUCUUCUUAGGCUUCUAAGAACAUCUAUGAUUUUGCAUACUAAUCUUUCGUGUCGAGAUAAUUUGGAAAAACGAAUAGGGGCAGAGUUGGAUCAGGUAGUUCUUGAAGAUCUUCUAAUACCAAGCAUGGGGUACUCAAUGGAGACCCUUUAUGACAUUGAUUGUGUUCAGCGGAUUCUUGAUCACUUUAUGAUAGUGGAUCGUGAGACAAGUGACAGUACUUCGAAUUCUGUGGUAGAUGAGGGGCAGCUGGUAGGAGGUUCUCAUUCACUGACCCCAAUUACCAUGGUGGCUAAUCUGAUAGAUGGUUUUCUUGCUGAGGUAGCACCUGAUACUAAUCUGAAGCUGAUGAAAUUUCAGUCAUUGGCUGCUGUUAUCCCUGAGUAUGCCAGACCAUUAGAUGAUGGAAUUUACCGUGCAAUUGAUAUAUACCUCAAGGCUCAUCCUUGGCUAACUGACUCUGAGAGGGAGCAAAUUUGCAGGCUUAUGAACUGCCAGAAGCUCUCAUUGGAAGCCAGCACUCACGCAGCUCAGAACGAAAGGCUACCACUCAGAGUUAUUGUCCAAGUUCUAUUUUUCGAACAACUUAGGCUUCGAACCUCAGUUGCUGGUUGGUUCUUUGUCUCUGACAACCUUGACAAUGUGCAAAAUCAUAGUGGGAAUCUUGCACUUGCACGGAACGAAGCAUCCAAUCGCGCUGCAACUGGCAUAGGUACAAGCACACAAGGUCAAGUUGGGGUGGUUGAUAACAUUAGGGAGAGAGUUUCUGAGCUAGAGAAAGAAUGUUUGAGCAUGAAAGAAGAACUUGAGAAGUUGGUUAAGACGAAAGGGAGCUGGAAUAUGAUCUUCAGAAAGCUUGGAUUCAGAUCAAAGUCAUAGUCCUCUGAUUUAAAGCAAUCUAAGAACAACAAUGCCAAAGAAUAUCAACCAUCAUCGGCAGUACUAGUUGUCAAUGGAAAUAAGAAUCCAAGGAUAAUGAAUGGAAGGUCAAGAAUAAAAUAUGCAGAAGAAAAGAACAAUAAUUUACAAAAAAAAAUCAUUUUUUUUACUUUAAUUAGCUUUUGGAAGCUUACUUGUUUUUGGUUUAGUCAAUAAGGUAAGCUUGUUAUAUUCAUUUUAGUACUAACUAGGCUCAUACAAGGCUUUCAACACUUUUUUUGUUUAAAUUGCUCUCUGUUGAAAUUUCAUUGAAUGUCCACUGUAUUCUCAUUGAAAAUCAAAAAAAUUUAAUUUCC